AUGGUGACCCCACAAAGACCGGCGCAUUUUGGAAGCGCGGACACCCCACAUUUAAUGUCUGCGGAUGACGUCUGGACUCUUAGCCAGCCCGAGGGCUGUUACCAGCGGGACCCUAUAGGAGGAGGCCCAGCACCAUUUCCCCCUCAGGGACCAUCAACCCCACCAUUAGAUGGCGAGGCAUUUGGCUACCUUAAGAGAGUCAUAGUUACUCCCGCCGUUUACCCGCGCUUGGUUGAAUUUCUUCACUUUGACAUUCAGAGCACUGGGCAGAAAUCACAUCGUGUCUCAACGGGCUUGACGGGAGCGCGAGCCGCCUGCGCGCGAACGCAGGUUGAGGCCUACACACGCCGUUUACCCGAAGAGGGGCUGGAAGCCGUGGCGCUCCACGAAGACCCGGGCGAGGAGCCGUUUUGCUCGCCGGCCGACGCGCCGGUAGCGACGGGGUGGCGCCGCGAGCGGAGACCCGUAGCGCAUGCGACACGCGAAAGAGGACAGAGAAGGGAGCGGAAGACGACGAGCGUAAGCAGCGAAGAACGGGUACUCGGAGUUCGUGAACGACGCAUCGCGCACAGACAGACGACCCGAUAUGAGUCACCGCCAGAUGCACGAACGCGAGCGCCCCGCGAACGGAGCGAACGCUACAGCCCCGUACCGGUUCCUCGCUUCACACGGGCACGGCCCGACCGACCCGGUCCUCGGAGCCAAUCCUUCUUCCGAAGGUACGGAUCCAUUUUGCCGACUUCCCUUACCUACAUUGAUGCCAUUGACGAGAGGCUGUACACCUUGGAGACCUGCUGCGGAUGGUGGGUACGGACCGACUCGAGAGCUGCGAAAACCGGACCCGGAUUUUCCAGGGCCGCCGAAAGCGCACCGGACGCCGCCCGAGCCGCGGCGCUCUACAGGUACCUUUUCCGUAUCUCCGGACGAGCCGAUUCCACGGACACGGUCCUUUACGAAGAAGAGAGAACUCUUCCCGGGGCUCUCGGCGACGUCUCCGGGCUCGCUUGCGUCACCGCGGUUUCGCCCGAGAAGCGACGAGACGCCACCGACAUCGCUGCCAGCAGCGCCGCCACCCCCGGGCACUCUCCGAGUCCGGGUUCGGGAAUAUUAACCCGAUUCCCUUUCGACGGAAGACCGGCCGUUCGUCAUUCGCGGCGUUUUGACCGACUGACCCGUGCUCGACCGCCGUUGGCACGGAACCCUUCUCCACUUCGGUCUUCGAAGGUCUCGUUCGAAUAUUUGCUACUACCACCGAGAUCUGCACCCGCGGUCGGCUCCACCCGGGCUCGCGCCCUAGGCUUCCGUGCUCACCGCGGCGCCCUCCUACUCGUCGCGGCAUCGGUCAGGCGCGCGCAUCGUUUUCGUCAGCGCAAAGCGCUCCCUCGCCGCGACGGUCCGGCAUCGGUCCGUCGCCCAGCGCCAUCCAUUUUCGGGGCUAGUUGA